CAGUCUGACUCCACCUCUGAUCAAGGUAAACAGGCUUUUUUUUUGUAUAAAUCAAACUUUAGCGAUUGCACACUGGGGCACUCCCAAUGCUUCUGUGUUCUGUGGUUGAUUCAUGGGGCAGAUUAUCAUUUAUUGUCACACUUUCUCAUGUUUCUUGCACAAUCCAUUGCUGCCAAGCAACACUGUCCUUUAUUCCUAAUCUCCCCUGCCACAUGACUGCUGGCCAUGCCCAGAUCCCCGCUCUCUGUCUUAAAACUCCUAAGCCAGCACAAUUUCCUGAGAGGGAUGAGGAAUGGGAUGGUGAGAGCAGGCAGGUGCUCUGCCAGGCAGACACAGACGAUUAAAUCCUCAAAAGGGAGCUUCUAGAACAAUCUCUGGUGCACUCUGGAAGAUGCCAGCCUCCAUGCCAGAGGCAGACGGGCGGCACAGAGCCUCAGCAGCGUUUUCCCUGAGUUUCCUCUCUUUGGUCUUCUCCAUCACGGCGUUCAGCAGCAGCUACUGGUGCGAGGGCACCAGGAAAGUGGCCAAACCCUUCUGCAAAGGGGACAGCAAAGGGGACCUGUGCAUCCGCUUCAACAGCCCCGAGGGCAACAGCAGCCAGGCUGUGCAGUACAUCUGGGAGACCGGGGAUGACAAGUUCGUGGAGAAAAAGUUUCACGCUGGCAUCUGGUACUCCUGUGAAGAAAUGAUAAAUGAGGAAGGUGAGAAAUGUAGAAGCUUUAUCAGUCUGACUCCGGCUUCUGAUCGAGGGGUUUUGUGGUUGUCUAUUGUAGCUGAGCUUCUCUACGUGGUUUUGCUCCUGACUGGGAACAUCCUCAUGUCAGUAGAAAUCUGCUACUACAGCUCUGUCAUCGAUGGGCUGAAGAUCAAUGCCUUCUCUGCAGUGGUCACCGUGCUGGCAGGUCUUCUGGGCAUGGUUGCUCACAUGAUGUACACCACUGUAUUUCAGAUGACUGUAAAUCUUGGUCCUGAAGACUGGAGACCUCACACAUGGGAUUAUGGCUGGUCCUAUGGCCUUGCAUGGACUUCCUUCGCUUGCUGUAUGGCUGCAGCUGUCACCACCAUCAACAAAUACACAAAAACCAUCUUGGAAUUCAAGCACAAGAGGAGAAAACUGGAAAGGAGCUUCAGGAUUCAAUACAAGUUUCCUGAGCACACGGCUCCAGAGAAAGUUUGCAACGUGUACGUGAACUCCUUCCAGAACACGGCGGACGACCCCGCGCACGCGCUGAGGAGCCUGCGCCACCUGGCCACCAUUUCAGUCCUGUGAAGCUGGUCCACGCCUCGAAGCAUCCUGUAAAUUGUGACACUAGAUCCAAAAGAAACCAGUGUUCAUGAAUAAAAUGUAUCCGUGUGUAGUAUUAUUUAUUUUUCUUAAUAAAGAGAUUAUAUUUCCGUGGAUGCU